AUGACGACUCCGUCGUCAUCUAACCCUAUGGUCGCUUCGGUCCCUAAUGGUAAACCCUGUUCUUUUAUAGAUGCAUUAGCUGGUGAGGGGGGUUCUUCCUUUAACCUGAAAUUUGUUCAUUAUUCGUUCAAAGGGUGUCCUGCUCUUUUGAUUGAUGAUUCGGUUGUAGCUCAGCUUGCUAAGCCCUUUGCUCUGACUCUUGUGGGAAAGUUUGUGCUUAAGCGUCCUAACAUUGAUGUGAUCCGAAAGUUUUUUUACAAUCUUAAGCUGUCUAGUACUUUUCAUAUUGGUUUACUUGAUCCUAGGCAUGUAGCUAUUCAAUUGACUAAUGAUCUGGAUUAUAGCAAGAUUUUUUCUAGAGGCUCUUACUACAUUCAAUCUUGUCAGAUGUGCAUUCUUAAAUGGACUCCAGAUUUUGAUGUUCGUCAUGAAUCGCCUAUUGUUCCGGUGUGGGUUUCUUUCCCUAACCUUAGACUGCAUUUUUUCAAUACUCAUAUUCUAUUUGGUUGGGCUUCUAUCCUUGGACGGCCGCUGCAAACGGAUCAGGCUACGGCUUCGGUUUCCCGUCCGUCUGUGGCAAGGAUUUUGGUUGAGGUGGAUAUUUCUAAAAAAUUUCCUAAUGAGAUUUGGCUGGGCUCCGAACUUAACGGAUAUUUUCAAAAAGUAGAAUUUGAAAACUUUCCCAUUUUUUGUGCGUACUGUAAGAUGCAUGGGCAUAGUUUGAAUGAAUGUUUUAAGCUACAUCUCAAUCUUAAGAAAUCUAAAGAGAAUUCCAAGAUCAUUAAAAUGCCAGAAGCCAAUACGGUUAAAGACAGUAAUCAUAUUGUGAUGGAAGAAAAUGGUGUCUUGACGAUUAGUAAUGUGGUUGAAGUGCAGCCUGAUUUUCAGGCUGUUAUUAUCCCGUCUGUCAUUCGUCCUAAUGAGCUUCCUGUAUGUGUUGUGGGGGAUGGUGUUGCUAAAGUUAAUAAUUUAAUGGCUGUCAAAACUAAUGAUUUUAUUGAGACUCUCCAUGUUAUACAAGAUGGGUCGCAAGCUUUGGUUAACUCUUCUUUACAGCUUCGGGCUACUGUUAAAGACAUUGAGAAUGACGUGGUUGAGGAGGUGGAGCCUUCUCAUCAUCUAGCUGAUUCUAUUCAAUUACAGAUUGAGGAACAUUCUAUAGAGGAUCAUGAGAGUAACUCUAAACUUGAUAAAGGAUAUAGGUUAAAUUCUGAUGCCUAUACUGAUACAGAAAUUGAUAUUUUAGCUAAAUGCUAUGCUAGAGAAGAUAAUGACAUUAGCUUCUCUAAGAGUCGUGGGAUCGGUUGCCCCUCUUCUAAACUUAGGGUUAAAAACUUAUGUCGCAUUCAUAACAUUGCUAUUCUUAUUUUAUUGGAGCCUCUCAUUUCUAUGGAUAAAUUACCUAGAACUGCUAGGAGGGUUUUGUGGGAGCAACUUUUGCAAUUUAAUAAUGUCUGUAACCUUCCGUGGUUGGUUGGGGGGGACUUUAAUACUAUCUCUAAACCGGAUGAACGGCUGGGUGGGUCUCUUCCUAUUUAUCAAUCCAUGGAUGAAUUUAAUGAUAUGAUUUUGGCUUGUAGUCUCAUGGAUAUUGGUUACUCGGGUAACAGAUUUACUUGGCACAGGGGGCAUUUGUGGCAAAGAUUGGAUAGUGUUCUUUUCAAUAAUUCAUGGGUGAACACUUUUAAUUUGACCAAAGUUGAGCAUCUUAGUCGCACUUUGUCGGAUCAUUCUCCUUUGCUUAUUAAUAUUAAGAAUAACCCUAUCAAUAUUCCUAAUCAAUUUAGAUUUCAGAAUAUGUGGAUUCUUCAUGAUUCCUUUCUUGAUGUGGUACAAGUGAAUUGGAAUGCUCUUGUUUUUCCUGAUGAUUCUAUUAGUGGCAUGUAUAGACUUUGGCUUAAGCUCAAAAGGCUCUUAAGUAUAAUCCCUCUGAGGCCAAUUUGUGCAGCCUUAAUGAAGCUAAAGGGGAGCUCUCUAAGGGAGCUCUCUAAGCUUCAGGUUCAGGAGGAAGCCUUCUGGAGAUAA